CCACCCUGUCCUUCCCCUUUCCUCAUGCCUGCCUCUCGGAGCUCACGAACUUCCCACUGUUACAAUCACUGUCUCCACACUACUUUUGUCUCGGACAGUGGACCUGCCUGCUAUGGCCGAGCCCCGAAUCCUCCUUUUGCUCUGCAUCCUGGUCCUCUGCCUGGCAGGCUCCGGUUUCAUCAGAGGGCAGACGGUGCGGUCUAAACGCUGUGACAUCCACACCAAGUUCAUCACUCACACCCCCUGCACCGCAUGUGCCGCAAUUAGGAGGCGGUUAUGUCCCUCGGGCUGGUCUCGGAAUUUCCCAGAGAAGAUACUUCUGGACUGUCGCUAUGAGUUGCAGCUCAGGGGCUCUGUGGUAUCCUUAAGUGGCUGUAGCCAGGAGUGCUGGAAGGACGUGGUACAGAAGGCCUGCUGCCCCGGCUACUGGGGAUCCCAGUGCUAUGAGUGCCCCGGUGGUCCGGCGACACCAUGUAGUGGCCACGGGACCUGCCUGGAUGGCAUAGGUGGAAAUGGAACCUGUGUGUGUCAGGAGAACUUUAGCGGCUCAGCCUGCCAAGACUGCCGAGAUCCCAACAGAUUUGGGCCUGACUGCCAAUCAGUGUGCAACUGUGUGCAUGGCGUGUGCAGCCGUGGGCCACAAGGGAAUGGAAGCUGCCAGUGUUUUGCUGGAUACACCGGUCCUCACUGUGACCAAGAGCUCCCAGUCUGCCAGAGCCUGAGAUGCCCCCAGAAUUCCCAGUGCUCCGCAGAGGCACCCGCCUGCAAAUGCCUGCCUGGAUACAUUCAGCAAGACAAUGCGUGUCUUCGUGAGCCUCUUGACCCCUGUCAGCCAUCUCCUUGCUCCUCACUGGCCCGAUGUUCAGUGACUCCCAGCGGGCAGCCUCAGUGUCACUGCCCAGAGAAUUACCACGGUGAUGGGAAAGUGUGUCUGCCCCAGGACCCAUGCCUCACCAACUUUGGUGGCUGCCCCAGCAACUCUACCUUCUGCCUAUACCGUGCUCCAGGCAAGGCCACCUGCAUGUGCUGGCCAGGUAUGACAAGCAUUAACAACGAUGCUUCUGAGGGAUGCCAUGUCUCAUGCAAACCACAUUCCUGUGACAAAUCAGCCACCUGUCAGGUGACCCCUGAUAGAAAGACCAGCUGUGUGUGCAAAAGUGAUGAGGUGGGUGACGGCUACGCCUGCUACGGACAUCUGCUCCACGAGGUUCAGAGGGCCAAUCAGAUUGGCCUGGUGUUGCUGCGGUUAAGAGUGGCCAUUGCCAUGCUGGAGCAGGGCUGCCAGGAGAUCCUUACCACAUCGGGCCCAUUCACCGUUCUGGUGCCAUCCAUGUUCUCGGUCUCCGCCAUCUCCUCCAGUAACAUGAAUGCAACACUUGCCCAGCAGCUCUGCAGACAACAUAUCAUCCCAGGAGAGCACAUCUUGGAGAAUAUAGGGCCCUCAAAUACACGCAGGUGGUGGACACUGGCUGGCCAGGAGAUCACCGUCACGUUCAAAAACCUGAGAUAUUCCUACAAGUACGAGGACCAGCCCCAGCAGUUCAGUAUCCAGAAGGCCAACUACAUAGCUGCUAACGGGGUCUUCCAUACGGUCACUGCCCUACGAUGGCAGCUUCCACCCCCACUUCCAGGGGACCCCAAGAAAACCGUUGGCCAGAUACUCGCUUCGACGGAGGCUUUCACACGGUUCGAAACUAUCCUGGAGAACUGUGGGCUGCCAGCCAUGCUGGAUGGGCCUGGACCCUUCACAGUCUUUGCCCCAAGCAACGAAGCUGUGGACAGCCUUCGGGAUGGCCGACUGAUCUACCUUUUCACAGCAGGCCUUUCCAAACUUCAGGAGCUGGUACGGUACCACAUCUACAAUCAUGGCCAGCUGACAGUUGAGAAGCUCAUCUCUAAGGGACGUUUCCUCACCAUGGCCAACCAGGUCCUGACUGUGAAUAUCUCUGAAGAGGGACGCAUCCUGCUGGGACCCGAGGGCGUCCCCGUGCGGAGGGUCGAUGUGCCGGCUGCCAACGGUGUGAUACACAUGCUGGAAGGCAUCCUGCUGCCCCCCACCAUCUUGCCCAUCCUUCCCAAGCACUGCGAUGAAGAGCAGCACCAGACUGUGCUGGGUUCUUGUGUGGACUGCCAAGCCUUGAACACCAGUAUAUGCCCCCCAAACAGUGUGAAAAUGGACAUCUUCCCCAAGGAGUGUGUGUAUACGCACGACCCAGCUGGGCUCAACGUCCUGAAGAAAGGCUGUGCUGAGUACUGCAACCAGACCAUCACAAAACGCGGCUGCUGCAAAGGGUUCUUUGGGCCCGACUGCACACAGUGUCCUGGGGGCUUUUCCAACCCCUGCUACGGCAAAGGCAACUGCAGCGAUGGGGUUCAGGGGAAUGGAGCCUGCCUCUGCUUUCCAGACUACAAGGGGAUCGCCUGCCAUAUUUGUUCCAACCCAAACAAGCAUGGUGAACAGUGCCAGGAGGACUGUGGUUGUGUCCAUGGCCUGUGUGACAACCGUCCUGGCAGUGGAGGGGUGUGCCAGCAGGGUACAUGUGCCCCUGGCUUCCAAGGCCGCUUCUGCAAUGAGUCCAUGGGAAACUGUGGAUCCCUAGGGCUGGCCCAGCCCUGCCACCCAGACGCUCACUGUGUUAUUCAGGAGGGCGUCGCCAGGUGUGUCUGCCACGAUGGUUUUGAAGGUAAUGGUUUCUCCUGCAAACGCAGCAGUCCUUGCUCUCACCCAGACCGCGGUGGCUGCUCCGAGAAUGCUGAAUGUGUCCCUGGAGACUUGGGUACCCACCAAUGCAUUUGCCACAAAGGCUGGAGUGGGGAUGGCCGCAUCUGUGUGGCCAUUGAUGAAUGCGGGCUGGAUACUCGAGGUGGCUGCCAUGCGGAUGCUCUUUGCAGCUAUGUGGGGCCUGGACAGAGCCGAUGCACAUGUAAGCUGGGCUUCGCUGGAGACGGUUACGAGUGCAGCCCCAUCGACCCCUGUCGCGUAGGCAAUGGGGGCUGCCAUGGCCUGGCUACCUGCAAGGCAGUGGGAGGAGGCCAGCGGGUUUGCACGUGCCCCCCUCAUUUUGGUGGUGAUGGCUUCAGUUGCUAUGGAGACAUCAUCCAGGAACUGGAGGCAAAUGCCCACUUCUCUGCCUUCUCCCAGUGGUUUAAGAACUCGAGCAUCACUCUCCCGGCUGACGGUAAACUCACAGCCCUGGUGCCCUCGGAAUCUGCCAUCCGCAGACUGCGCCCCGAGGACCAGGCCUUCUGGUUGCAGCCAAAGACGCUGCCAGAACUGGUCAGGUGGGGAGAGCUGGGAAGGAAGGGCCACGGAGGGGAUUCUGGGUGGGACUUGGACCCUUCUCAGACAAUGUUAAGAGAAUUUCCAUGGCUCACGAAAGUGGGAGAGCCCAGGCUGAAGGAACUUUGUAAUCUGGUCCAAUCCCCACCACCCCCAACUCUUCUCCUUAGGGCCCACUUUCUCCAGGGUGCGUUCUCAGAGGAGGAGCUGGCCCGGUUAAGUGGGCAACAGGUGGCCACACUGAGUGCCACGACACACUGGCAGAUUCACAACACCAGUGGGAGAGUCCAGGUGCAGAAUGCCACUGUGGAUGUACCCGACCUCCUCGCCACCAAUGGUGUCCUACAUAUUAUUAGCCAGGUCUUGUUGCCUCCGAGAGGUGACAUGCAGACUGGGCCGGGGUUGCUGCAGCAACUAGAUAGUGUGCCUGCCUUCCGCCUCUUCGGGGAACAGCUAAAGCACCACAAACUGGUAGCCCAAAUAGAGGCUGCCAAAGCCUACACCAUCUUCGUGCCCACAAAUCACUCUCUGGAGACCCAGGGCAACAAGAGUAUCCUGGGCAUAGACAUAGUGCGACAUCACGUGAUCCUCGGGGAGGCACUGUCCGUGGAGGUCCUGCGGAAAGGGGGACACCGCAACUCCCUCCUGGGCCCUGCCCACUGGCUGGUUUUCUACAAUCAUAGUGGCCAGCCUGAGGUGAACCACGUGCCGCUGGAGGGCCCUUUGCUGGAAGCCCCAGGCAGUGCCCUCUUUGGACUGUCGGGGAUCUUGGCAGUGGGCUCUAGCCGUUGCCUGCACAGCCACGCGGAGGCUCUUCGGGAGAAAUGUGUAAACUGCACCCGGAAAUUCCGCUGUACUCAAGGCUUCCAGCUGCAGGACACACCAAGGAAGAGCUGUGUCUACAGAUCUGGGUUAUCUUUCUCCCGGGGCUGUUCCUACACAUGUGCCAAGAAGAUCCAGGUGCCCGACUGCUGCCCAGGCUUCUUUGGCACCCUCUGUGAGCCAUGCCCAGGGGGUCUAGGUGGGGUGUGCUCAGGCCAUGGGCAGUGCCAAGACAGGUUCCUGGGCAAUGGGGAAUGUCGCUGCCAAGAGGGAUUCCAUGGAACGGCCUGUGAGAUGUGUGAGCUGGGCCGCUAUGGGCCCACCUGUUCUGGAGUAUGCGACUGUGACCACGGGCUGUGCCAGGAGGGGCUGCGCGGCAAUGGAAGCUGUAUCUGUAAUGUGGGCUGGCAGGGUCUCCGCUGUGACCAGAAAAUCACUGAUCGUCAAUGUCCCAAGAAGUGCGAUCCCAAUGCCAACUGCAUACAGGACUCUGCUGGAAUCCCCGUGUGUGUCUGUGCUGCAGGAUACUCAGGCAAUGGCAGUUACUGCUCAGAGGUGGAUCCCUGUACCUCUGGCCAUGGGGGCUGCUCGCCCUAUGCCAACUGUACCAAGGUGGCUCCGGGACAACGGACGUGCACCUGCCUGGAUGGCUACACGGGUGACGGGGAGUUGUGCCAGGAAAUAAACAGCUGUCUCGUCCACAAUGGGGGCUGUCAUGUGAACGCUGAGUGUAUCCCCACAGGCCCCCAGCAGGUGUCCUGCAACUGCCGUGAGGGCUACAGUGGCGAUGGCAUUCAGUCUUGCAAGCUCCUGGAUCCUUGCUCCCAGAACAAUGGAGGCUGCAGCCCUUAUGCUGUGUGCAAAAGCACAGGAGACGGACAGAGGACAUGUUCCUGUGAUUCAACUCAUACUGUGGGGGACGGCAUCACCUGUCAUGGGCGAGUUGGACUGGAGCUCCUACGGAACAAGUAUGCCUCGUUCUUCAGCCUCCACCUCCUGGAAUACAAGGAGCUCAAAGGCGAUGGGCCAUUCACCAUCUUCGUGCCACAUUCUGAUUUAAUAAGCAACAUGUCCCAGGGUGAGCUGGCGAGGAUGCGGGCUCACCGUCAGCUCGUGUUUCGCUACCACGUGCUUGGCUGCCGGAAGCUGGGGAGCCAAGAGCUGCUGGACCAGGGAUAUGUCACCGCACUGUCUGGACACACUCUGCGCAUUAGUGAGAGGGAGGGCAGCAUUUAUCUCAAUGACUUUGCUCGGGUGGUAAGCAGCGAUCACGAGGCAGUGAACGGUGUCCUGCACUUCAUCGACCGUGUCCUGCUGCCGCCAGAUGUGCUACACUGGGAGGCUGAUACUAUCCCAAUCCCUCGGAGAAAUGUCACUGCUGCCGCUGAAAGCUUCCAAUACAAGAUCUUUAGCCGACUGCUGACGGUGGCUGGCCUCCUGCCCAUGCUUCAAGAUGCAUCCCAUCGUCCCUUCACGAUGCUGUGGCCCACAGAUUCUGCCCUGGAAGCCCUGUCUCCUGAUCGGAAGAACUGGCUCUACCAUGAGGACCACCGUGACAAACUGGCGGCCAUUUUGCGUGGUCAUGUGAUUCGCAACAUUGAGGCCUCGGCAUCUGAUCUACCCAACCUGGGCCAACUCCGAACCAUGCACGGAAACACCAUCUCUUUCUCCUGCGGUCUUGCCCGGCCCGGCGAACUCAUGGUAGGUGAGAACGAGGCCCGCAUUGUGCAACGGUACUUGCUGUUUGAAGGGGGCCUGGCUUAUGGCAUCGACCAGCUGCUGGAGCCACCUGACCUUGGUGCCCGCUGUGAUCGCUUUGAACCCCAGCCGCUUCAAACGAAGACUUGCAGCAUCUGUGGACUGGAGCCACCCUGUCCUCGGGGCUCACGGGAGCAGGGCAGCCCUGAGGCCUGCUGGCGUCACUACUCCAAGUUCUGGGCAACUCCUCUGCACUCCAUAACCAUGCGUGGAGGUUCCUGGAUAACGCCUAGUUUUUGGAACCGCAACCACAUGGGUAGGGGUUGCCACCGCAAAUGUGUCACCACCGUCUGGAAGCCUAGCUGUUGCCCUGGUCACUAUGGCGCUGACUGCCAUGCUUGCCCCGGUGGUCCCAGAAGCCCCUGCAGUGGCCACGGUGUGUGCCUGGAUGGCAUAAGCGGAAGUGGGCAGUGCAAUUGUCAUCCGGGUUUUGCCGGGACAGCGUGUGAACUCUGUGCCCCGGGUGCCUUCGGACCCCAGUGCCAAGCAUGCCGCUGUGCCCCACAUGGGCGUUGCGAUGAAGGUCUCGGGGGCUCUGGCUCCUGCUUCUGCGAUGAGGGCUGGACUGGGCCACGCUGUGAUGUGCAGCUGGAGUUGCAGCCCGUGUGCACCCCGCCCUGUGCACCCCAGGCCGUGUGCCGUGUGGGCAACAGCUGUGAGUGCAGCCUGGGCUAUGAAGGGGACGGCCGUGUGUGCACAGUGGCAGACCUGUGCCAGAAGGGGCAUGGUGGCUGCAGUAAGCACGCCAACUGCAGCCAGGUGGGGACAGUGGUCACCUGUACCUGCCUGCCUGCCUAUGAGGGUGACGGUUGGAGUUGCCGAGCUCGCAACCCCUGCUUGGAUGGCCACCGUGGAGGUUGCAGUGAGCAUGCCGACUGCUUUAACACCGGCCCGAACACGAGGCGCUGUGAGUGCCAUACCGGCUACGUGGGUGAUGGGCUGCAGUGUCUGGAGGAGCUUGAACCCCCUGUGGACCGAUGCCUGGCAGAGUCCUCACCGUGCCACACAGAUGCUUUGUGCACAGACCUACAUUUCCAGGAAAAACAGGCUGGUGUCUUCCACAUCCAGGCCACCAGUGGCCCUUAUGGCUUGACCUUCUCAGAGGCCAAGGAAGCCUGUGAGGACCAGGGAGCCGACCUUGCUUCCCUCCCUCAACUCUCUGCGGCCCAGCAGCUAGGUUUUCAUGUCUGCUUCCUGGGCUGGUUGGCCAAUGGCUCUGCUGCCCACCCUGUGGUCACCCCGGCGGCAGACUGUGGUAAUAAUCGUGUAGGUGUAAUCAGCCUCGGCGUCCGCAAGAACCUCUCGGAGCGCUGGGAUGCCUACUGUUACCGUGUGCGAGAUGUGGCUUGCCAAUGUCGGGUCGGCUUCGUGGGUGACGGGAUCAGCACGUGCAACGGGAAACUGCUUGAUGUCCUCGCUGCUACUGCCGACUUCUCCACCUUCUAUGGGAUGCUGCUGGGCUAUGCCAAUGCCACCCAGCGAGGUCUUGACUUUAUGGACUUCCUCGAAGAUGAGCUCAUCUACAAGACACUCUUUGUUCCUGUCAAUGAAGGCUUUCUGGACAACAUGACGCUGAGUGGCCCAGACCUAGAACUCCAUGCUUCUAAUGCCACCUUUCUGAGUGCCAAUGCCAGCCAGGGGACAUUGCUUCCUGCCCACUCAGGUCUUAGUCUCUUCAUAAGUGACACAGGUCCUGACAACAUUUCUUUGGUUCCUCUGGCCCCAGGGGCAGUUGUGGUUAGCCACGUCAUGGUGUGGGACAUCAUGGCUUUCAAUGGCGUCAUCCAUGCUCUGGCCAGCCCCCUGCUCACGCCUCCCCAGCCUAGGGCAGUGCUGGGAUCUGAGCCGCAGCCUGUGGCAUUAAGUUUGGGGGUUGUGAUAACUUGUGGAACGCUGCUGGGGCUGGUAGCUGGAGCCCUCUACCUGCGUGCCCGACGCAAGGCUCCAGGCUUCAGCUUCUCUGUCUUCCAGGCAGAAGAUAAUGCUGAUGAUGACUUCUCUCCAUGGCAAGAAGGGACCAGCCCGACCCUGGUUUCUGUCCCCAACCCUGUUUUUGGCAGCAGCGACAUCUUUUGUGAACCCUUUGAUGAUUCAGUCCUGGAGGAGGACUUCCCCGACACCCAAAGAGUCCUCAAGGUCAAAUGAUGGGCUGGAGCAUGGACGACACAGACUACUUUUAUUGUUUGUCAGGGUGGCUGAAAGGCCGAUAGUUUGUCCAGGACAAUAAAAGCGCCCUCAGCGGAUGUGGGCCAUGUCACCAAGAAA